CGAUUUUGUUUCUUGCUUUUUGGGUUUCUCUUUCCUUACUUAAAUUUUGAAUCUUUUUUAUUUUUUGUUCUCAACACUUUUUGCUCAGUGUAGAGUGUUUCAGUGGAGUGUUGAUUUUAGCAGAGGAAUUAAUGCCUAGUGUUUUAGUUCUUAGCUAGAGAGUUGAAAAUCGAAUCUGAAGUUUCAGACAAAUGCUGUUUUCUUGCUGCUACUGAUCUUGUGUGGAAAUUUUUGAUGGUUCUAGUCUGUUUCCUUUAUGCAUUGUUCAUCUUCUGAUUCUCUCUAGGGUUUGGUCAUGGUUCUCUGAGAUCUUAGUAAGAUUCAUGCAUUUUCCCCAUUCUCUGGUUUGGUUGGUUCUCCAAUUGAGUCCGUUUUGGCGUUAGAGAAGCGCAUUUUUCAUGCAAAGAAAUCUCAAGUUAGAUCUAAAGAUUUAACAAGAGACGCUCGCUCACACUCUCCAAGUGUGUUUGAUAUAGGAGAUGGAUUUCUUGAAAGUUCGAAAAUUUCGAAAGUCACGGAAGCCAAACCUUGAAAAAGAGAAAGAGGACAAGGUACUGGCUCAGCAAGAGCAGGCAAGGAGUGAGAACACUGAUGCUGGUGUGACAGAUUCGGCUAAAGCAGAUGAGAUCGAAGAUGACGACGAUGAUUUCAUUACCAAUGAGGUUAAGAGAAGGCUCAAGGAGUUAAGGAGGAACAGUUUCAUGGUGUUAAUACCUGAAGAGGAAGAAGAAGAAGAGGAAUCGUAUCUAGACGAAGAUGAUGACGGAGAAGACAAGUGUUCAAAUGAGUGGAGAGACGUGGUCGCUGAAGGACUUCAAUGGUGGGGAGGUUUUGAUGCUGUCUAUGAAAAGUAUUGUGAGCGUAUGCUCUUCUUUGAUCGUCUAAGCUCUCGGCAGCUCAAGGAAAAUGGCAUUGGAAUUGCUCCAAGUCCUUCAACUCCAUCGCCAAGAUCUGCGUCUAAGAAGCUGUCUUCGCCUUUUCGAUGUCUCUCUCUCAAAAAGUUGGAUGUGCCCGAAGAAGAUACCGAGCAUUUGCAGCAGACAGAGAUUGACCCUUGUCAAGAUCUAGAGACUGCCUAUGUUGCUCAACUCUGCCUCACUUGGGAGGCACUUCACUGUCAGUAUACGCAGCUGAGCCACUUAAUCUCAUGCCAACCCGAAACCCCGACUUACUACAACCAUACUGCUCAACAGUUUCAGCAAUUCCUGGUCUUGUUGCAAAGGUAUAUAGAGAAUGAACCAUUUGAGCAGGGAUCAAGAUCUGAGCUUUAUGCGCGUGCCAGAAAUGCAAUGCCUAAGCUACUUCAAGUUCCUAAAAUUCAAGGGUCAGAUAAAAAGGAGAUGGAGAAAGAUACAGGCUUCAUGGUCCUCGAUGAUGAUCUCAUCAAAAUCAUCGAGAGCUCCAUCCUUACUUUCAACGUUUUCUUGAAGAUGGAUAAGAAGAAACCAAAUGGGGGUAUUAACUUGUUUGGUAACCAUAUGAAUUCCACAACCCCAUUACAACUGGUUCAGUCAUCCAUUGAUAAGAAGAGGGUGAAGGCAAAGGAGCUUGCGAAGAAGACUAAAGGUUUGAGAAAGAAAUCAUGGCCUCUAACAUGGGAAGGUGUUCAACUCUUGUUUGCAGCCAUUGACAUCAAACUCGCAACACGGGUUUUGAGGAUGGGGAAAAUCAGUAAAGAGCAACUUCUGUGGUGUGAAGAAAAGAUGAAAAAACUCAACUUUUCAGCUGGGAAGCUUCAAAGACACCCAUCUCCAAUUCUUUUCCCUUGUUGAUAAUAAAUUAUGAAACAUACAACGAUUUCAAACUGUUCCCUUUUUAUCCGAUCACUAAGAUCCGGUUUUGGGGGGGAUUUCUUUUUUUGUUUUUUGGCAGACAAAAUGAAAGAAAAAAUUGUGUGUUUGUUCCAUUA